AUGCAGACUAGACAGCUGCUGGCUCUCGCUCUGGCCGUGGCUGCCACCGAGGCCGCUCACCAGGGCUUCAACUAUGGCAACACCAAGUCGGACGGCAGCGCAAAGUCCCAAUCCGACUUCGCGGCCGAAUUCUCGACCGCGAAGAACCUGGUGGGCACCUCGGGAUUCACCAGUGCCCGUCUCUACACCAUGAUUCAAGGAGGUACCUCCGCCACUCCCAUCUCCGCCAUUCCCGCCGCCAUCGCCGAGGAUACCUCCCUUCUCCUCGGUAUCUGGGCUUCCGGAGGCAACGUUGCCAACGAGAUCGCCGCCCUCAAGGCGGCCAUCGCCCAGUACGGCGCCGACUUCGGCAAGCACGUUGUCGGUAUCUCCGUCGGCAGUGAGGAUCUAUACCGUAACUCGGUCGACGGUGUCAAGUCCAAAGCCGGCCUGGGUGCGAACCCCGAUGAUCUGGUUUCCUACAUCCACCAGGUCCGUGAGGCCAUUGCCGGUACCAGCCUGAGCGGCGCGCCCAUCGGCCACGUCGACACCUGGACCGCCUGGGUCAACGGCUCCAACUCGGCCGUCAUCGAUGCCUGCGACUGGCUGGGUUUCGACGGCUACCCCUACUUCCAGAACACCAUGCCCAACUCCAUCUCCGAUGCCAAGGCCCUGUUUGACGAGUCGGUAGCGAAGACCCAGGCGGUCGCCAAGGGCAAGGAGGUUUGGAUCACCGAGACCGGUUGGCCCGUCAGCGGCAAGACCGAGAACCUGGCCGUCGCCAACACCGCCAAUGCCAAGGCCUACUGGGAUCAGGUGGGAUGCCCUCUGUUUGGCAACACCAACACUUGGUGGUACAUCCUCCAGGACGCCGACCCGGUCACUCCUAACCCCAGCUUCGGGAUUGUCGGUAGCACCCUCAGCACCACUCCCCUGUUCGACCUGUCUUGCUCCGCUGUGUCUUCGUCCUCUGCCGUGCCUUCCGCUACUGCCGCUGCCACCGCCGCCUCCGGCGCUGGUGCCUCGGGCUCUCAGACUUCGGGUUUUGCGACCGCCGCCGCUGGCUCGUCUAGCGCUGCCAAGCCUACCUUCAGCGUUGGCAAGGGACCCAAUGGCUCGUACAACGGUACUUACCCCGGCUCCUGGAACUCCACCCGCCCUGGCGCCAACGGCGGUAGCUCGGGGUCUUCCGGCUCUUCCGGUUCUUCUGGUUCUUCUGGUUCUUCCGGUUCCUCUGGCUCGGGAGCUUCCGGCCACUCCUCCUCGACAGGCAGCUCGUCCUUCCCCUCGUCGACCAACCUCCUUAGCAACUCUGCUAGUGGACUCUCUGGCUCUCUCUUCGGCGCUGUCGCUGCGGUGUUCGUGGCCCUGGCUGCUCUGUAA